CUUGCAGGUAAACGAUGGGGGUAAAUGAGUUGGCAUAUUUCUGUUGAGUUGGCAUAUCUAUGUGGCAUUUGUGUUAGAUAGAUAUAGGGCAUAAUGGGGGAUACGACUCCUUAAUCAAUCGACUUCUUCAACAUGGCUUCUUCGUCUCGAUCCUCCAACUCAUGCUCAAGAUCAAAAAUUUCCAAGUCAAAAAGCACAAUUGAUAAGGCAAAUCCUUGUGAUUGUGGGUUUCCUUCUCGCAUCUGGAUAUCAACAACAAAGGCAAAUCCUGGUAAAAAAUUUAGGGUUUAUCCUCACUCUUUGGAAUGGGUUGAUGAUGAUGAAGAAAUUAUAACCAAGAACAAGAAUAAGAAAGAUGAAGAACAUGAUUUCAAUACUGAAGUGAAUAUUGCAAUAUUGAAACAUGAUUUCAGUGAGUACAAGAUGAAGAUUGAUAAGGAAUGUAAGAGUUUUAGAAAGGAAUUGGAUAAAAUGAAAUGUUUCGUGUUGAUGUUUGUUGUUUUGUUUGUAGUGAAGUACAUGAUGUAG